AUGCAGAAGGAGCAGCAGCCGCGGCAAGUCGACAACAACCCGCCCCUCGACUCCGCCAAAGCCCCCCCUUCGCGUCCGACCAUUGAGACUGACGAACAGGCCAAUAGCAUGCCCCGCGCUAGCACAAACAAGGCCAUCGACGAAGACAUCAAGACACCCCGCAACCCCAGCCCCAGCCGCGAUACCCACCCCGACCGUGAAGCCAUCCCCGAGACCAACCCCAGCACAACGACCAAGAGGCGUCUUUCCACUGACGCCGAGCUGCACAAACUACCCGAGGCGGUCGUGUCCUCGUGCGACCAGCUCCACUCGCCAUUGAUGGCUGCCUACGGCGUUGUGCGCGUGACGGGCGAUAUCAUCUGCGAAGAAAAGCGGGUAAUCCAGGUCAAGGAAGAGGCGAUACUCAUCACUGAGAAACCUAACCUAGUCACCAAGGGCGUGCACUUCCGCGUUCGCAAGGACGCCGCCUUGAGGAUCAGCGUUCGGCAGAUGUCGAUCGAAAACAUCAAGGGGGACACCAGCCCGCUCUUGAGGGUCGACCCGGGAGGGCUUCUGCGCCUGGAAAUCCACGACUUCGGCACGCCGCCGGAAGGUGGUACCAUGACGGACACCAACUCCCGGGUGCGCAUAGAGGAGGGAGGGGAGGUUCAAGUCUGGGGGGAGCCCUGGUUCACCAAGUCCGCCAUCACCCUCAUGAAACCCUUCAAGAAGGAGCCCUCCUGGAUCUUGAACAACAUGCGCCGGAACCAUGCGCAUUGGCAGCGGCAGCGGUGGAACCGACAGCAGCAGCAGAAGAUGACCGGCGGCCAGCACGCCGGCGGUGGGACCACCGGCAAGCCGCAGCCUCCGUUCUGCUCGCCCUUCGGCCCGAAAAUCUCGGAGGGGUACAGUUUCUGGGAGCGCUUUGAUAUCAGCCCGUCAUACCUCAAGGUGGGCGAGGAGCUUCGUUAUCCGUCAUCGAUGACGAGCCUAAUGGAUGGCAGCGUCCUUUCAAUGGGAGCAGACGGCACCCUUCUGCAUGCCACCGCGGACAGACGGACUCAUUUCCACCUGGAAAUGAAGACGGCAGUGGAGGCCGCCGAGGCAGCCAGCGACCUGGAAGAGCACGCGAGGAAGACAAAGUCUGUUCCCGACAUCACCGCAGACGGCGUCGACCCCGACAACAAGCGCUUGCAGCUCCAGACGCUUGUCGCAGCUGACCCCGCUAAAGCCAUGGCCGCACUCAUGGGCCGCCCAGGGACAACGGUCGGCGGGGGACCGACGUGGGCUGCCGACGAAGAGUUCGAUGCGACCCUCCGCAGGGAAUGGUCUCGUAUGAGGGACACACUGCUUGGACGCACGGCCAACGGACAGGCAGAGGAGAAGAAAGGCGGUCUCGGACAGUCCCCACCGACGAAGACCGAUGAGGCCGAUGGGAGUGGUGACAAUGGUGACCCCCGACAACACAAAGAGACAGGAGGAGUCACCGGCGGAACAUCGUCGAAGAAGGAGACAGGCAACGCAGCUGACAAUGGGCUAACCGACCCAGACAUCAACAACACCGGAAACACUUGCGGCAGAGCCAGCCGUAGGCGAAUGCCGUGGGGCCGUAAGCGAAUGAAGUGGAACGCUGAGGUCGCCGUCGACAGCGACGGACCGCUACCGUACUGGGGGGAUGGCACGGUGCUAAAGGUCACCGAGACCGGUGACGUGGUGGUAAGCAUCGCGGGGGAAAUCGUGAUUGAGAUGGCCAAUCCGCGCAAGGCGAAGAAGGGAGGCUGGUUCAGAAACCACGUUCGGAAGCAUAACCCGAUCAGGAAGGUUGGGGAUGCCUUUCGUCGCCACCUCCACAGCCGACGAAAGGGUAGCAGCAACAGCGACCCCUCCGACAGCGUCCACGACACCGACACCAUCGUCAGCACCGACUACUCUCUCCACGUGGUGGAGAAGGGUUUCGAAGUCCGAUUAGAGGGGGAGUUCGUGUGGGGAUGGUACACCGAUUCAAUCGGACGCCCGCUAUAG